GGGGGGGGGGGGGGAAUAGCUGGUGCAGCGCGGGCGGGGCGCGUUGCGUGUGCCGGUGUUGCGGGACGGGGGGCGGCGGUCGGAGGCUGCGGAGCACCGGGCGGCCCCGCGGUGCCCUUCGCUCGGGGCGGUGCCGGAGGUGCGGGAAGGGCUCCGCAACCGUGGAGUCAUGGCCCCCCCGCCGCACUGCUAUGAGGGCUUCGUGGAGGUGCGGGGGCUGCGGGAUCAGAGCUGCAGGAGGCGCUGGGCCGGGCUGCGGGGGGCGACGCUGUGCUUCUAUGGGGCGCCCAGAGAGCAGCAGCCUUUGGAGCUUCUGGACCUGGAUGAGCUGGUGGGGGUACAGAAAGAGGGGGGGGCCCUUGUCCUCCAGCUGCGGGAUCAGAAGGUGACACUGAAGGCAGACAGCGUGCAGGCGCAGGAGAUGUGGCGCGGCUUCAUCCUCACCAUGGCCAAGAUGGAGCUGCCCACAGACCUGGAGCUGCUGCCUGGGCACCUCUUCCAGCUGUCGGAGGCGCUGCGCCAGGAGAGGGAGAACCGCCGGAGGGCACGGAGUGUGGGGACAACUGCAGUGCCCCCCCUGCCCAGCUGCUUCUUCGACGUGUCGCGCGCUGAGGCCGAGCGGCUGCUGGAGCGCAAUGCGGGCGGUGGGAGCGUGGUGCUGCGGCCCGGCGGGCACGGCCAAGGCUUCUCCAUCAGCACACGGCAGGUGCUGAGCGGCGCUGCUCUGCUGAAGCACUACAGGGUGCUCAGCGUGGGAGAUGGGUUCCUCGUUGACGUCGACACGCCGCAUCACUGCUCCUCGCUGGACGAGGUGGUGCAGUACUUCGUGAAGCAGAGCAAAGGCGGCCUGCAGCCCCUGCAGCGGGAGUACAGCAUGAGGCUGGAGUUCGUGGAAGCAGAUGCUAAAAGCUCGGAGGUGACGCGGCGGCCAUGCAAACCCCCCCCCUGCCCCCCCCGCCCCCCGGCCCACCCCCACGGCGCAGCACCGCCGGCCCAGGCCCCCCCCCCCCUACUGCCAAAACCAAAAGCGACCCCACAGCACGCAGUGAGAGAAGGUGCCGGCAGCCCCCCCAGCUCAGCGCCCCAUCCGACCCCACGGCGCGUCCCACUGCUGCCCCAUGGGCACAGUGCUGCAGACAUCACAGAGGAGCUGGCUCAGAAGCUGAUGGUGCGCCGUGCUCUCAAUGAGGACUGAUGGGGGUCAGUGAGGGGGGGGUCGGGCUGGCUGCCCCCUCCUUCCCUACCAGCUGUGGGCAAUGGUGUCCACCUGCCCCCCCGACCCCCCCUCCACGCUGCCUGGCCUCGUGGCAGGGGCUGCCUAUGGGGUUGGGGGCCCCAGGUUGGAAUACCGGGGGGGCACACAGCCCCAUGGUGGCGAGGGGGUCGGGG